AUGGCUUCCACGACUCGAGCUAGCGCUCAAAGCUCAACGAAACAGGUCAUACUGUUUGCCGACGGCGAUGGGUUCGUCUUCCUCACAACUCUAGCUGUGACCGCUAGCUCAAAAGUAAUGCUUGUCCGAUCACUGAAGAACAAUAAGCUCUAUGUUCGCAAAGAGUCUUUCGCCAGGGACGACAGAGAAGUGUACGACGUCCAGACUCCAGACGUCCGCAAUCUAUGGAAUGUACGACAUGUGGACGGCACAAUCACGUUAGUCGGCUGGACUGAGUACCUCGACCAAAUGUCUGCAACAGUCAUUUGUGUCAGCUACUGGAAAUUCUACAAUGCCAACACUCUGCACCACCUUCAGCAAACCCUACGAACCUCUCGACAGCCGCUGCCCGAACAGUGUCUCUGGUCAAUCUGUCUGCGAAUGUUCAAGACCAUGCUGGAUGCCUUGAGAGCCGAAGUAGUUCACAUGGACGCACAUGCUGGAAACUGGUUCCUCAACCUGAAAGAAGGCUCAACCGAACCUGGGUUUGUGCUUGGUGACUGGGGACAGGCUGAAAUAUUCCCGAGAGAUGAAACAAAUAAUACGGGAAUAGAAAGGUUCUGGUACCAAGCUCACCGGGAACUCACAACCUCCCUAGUAGAACCGGUGAGAAGCUUACUGCCGCGUAAAACGCCGCUUGAGGGUACACUGCGAAGCUAUUUCGACCGAGUACUGGGGCGUCAUCAAGGCACUGGAAAUGGACAGCCACUUUUCCUGAUCGAAGCUCUGAACAACAUCGAGGACACAAAACCUUCGAUGUUCGCGACAGGUGAGGCUUGGCUGGAAAGCGUACAAAAGAUAUAUAACAGAAUCGAGAGUGCUCGACCGAGUCCAGGCUCUACGAGAAGUUCAGCUGAUACGCACCGCCAUAUGUUGACUGAUCAUGCCACGGCGCUGCCGAGCUAUGACGAGGCCUACGUGCAGCUCGAGGAACUGGCUUCGGAGAUCGGAAACAGCAGCACCAAUCUAGUGAACGUUGUGCCUCUCUGGAAAGAAGCCCAUAUUGACACGAGCUCAACCCCGCCUCGAAUUGUCUCGAUCCAGCAUCCAGCCACGAGCUUCUCAGGCAAUAACUACCAGGAUGAUACUAAGCGUGAAUACUUACCAAGAGCUUGGGAUGAGGCACACCAGAGAAUAAAGAGACUGGUGAUCGAAUUGGCAGGUGAAGAGGAGGUGAACGAGUAUAACGAAAAUUUUGGAUUGCAGGGUGAGAGUGAGACGAUGGGACAGAUCAACACGGCAUUCUGA